UUUUUUUUUUUCUCCCUUCGUUUUUCUUCAUCUCCCUUUCUUUUUUUCGGUUUGAGAUCCAGAGGGACCCACUGUGUGUGGUUUGUCGUUUCUAGUCCCGUCCUUUUCGGUCGCUCGAGGAAAUCCAUCAAUCCAACGAACCUCUGCCGUCUGUUGUGAUCCGCGCCUCAGCCAUGGCUAGCUAGUGAAUGCUGCGGAUGAAUCCUUAACUUCGACUCCAAGGGCAUCCGCUCUGCCCGGCAGACGGUCCUGCUAGGGCCUUAUUGUGUUAUUUUCGUUCUUGCGUCUACAGAUUCACUCCUCUCGACCGUCUCUUUCCGCCCGCUGAAGCCUUUCGGCGCCGGCCCUUCGUUUCCUGACCCGUCAUUCUCUCGACCCGGAGACUUUCCCAUCGGAUCGCCAGCGGUUCUCGUUCAGAAUGGCGGGCAAUGGCUUCCAGAGUGCCCAGUUCCUCGCUCCUCCGGCCGUGACUGCCUUGAGGCAGGAGGCCCGCACCAUCGACCCGAAUCUCUCCCCCUCGAUGCGCUCCGUGUCCGACAACAUGCAAGAAGAACGCGAAGAUUUGAGGGAGGCGGCGGAACAGACCCUGAAUGUGAUCGUCGAUCUGGACCUCGAGGGCCGCAUCAAAUGGGUCAGCCCCUCGUGGAAACAGGUGGUGGGCACCCCCGCUGAGUCGGUGGAAGGACGAAUGAUCUCGGAGGUCUUGGCCGGCAACAAGAACGUCUUCCAGGACGCCAUCGAGUCCUUGAAGGAGGACGACUCUCGCAGCCGCUUCGUUCGUUUCGCCGUCCACAUGGGCCCCGACUCGGUGCUGAAGUAUUCGCCGGAGCCGCAACCUCUGGAUCUGGAUGCUUCCGGCGCCGAAGCUGAAGGCGCGGACGCCCAAGAUGCGACGUCGGCGAAACUGGAGGAGCGCAACAAUGAUAUUAUCAACAUGGAGGGACAAGGAAUCAUGGCAUUUGACCGGACUUCGAGCGGGACCGGCCAUACCAUGUGGAUGUUACGGCCCUUCACGCAGCCAAGGGAAGUCACGAUCGAUCUUCCUCCGUUGCUAGUGGAAUCGCUAGGUGUUGGAGCGGAGGUCCUCGCGAACUACUUGACGACGCUGGCCGAAGCGGCUGCCACCGAGCCCGAUCCCACCAGAUAUCCUGCCCCGAACCCCAUCCUGUGUCGAAUCUGCGAGCGCCAAAUCACGCCCUGGUGGUUUGAGAAACAUUCGGAUCUGUGUCUUCAGGAGCAUCGGGCCGAGAUGGAUGUCCAGAUAGCGCAGGAGAACCUGAACGAGCACCGCCAUGCCAUUGUGAAGGUGUUGGAUGCUUUGGAGGCCAGACAGGGCAGGCCGUUGGUCCUUGGUGACGGAAACCCGCCUCCGACACCUCAGCCGGAGUAUAAGGGCCUGCCCAUCGGCCCUUCGCCCGUGGCUUCGGCUCCCUCGUCGGGGUCUGUCUCCAAUUCCAGCUCUGCUCCUGCCACCCCGCCCCGGUCCAGAGACCACUCGGCCUCGGGCAUGGGACACGCUCGAGGUCGGUCCUUCGCCGUGCGACGGCCGUUAUCGCGAGUGGUGGAGCUUAUUCUUGAUCUAUGCGACACGGCCCUGGAGAUCAACAUGCCGGUGAUCAAGGAGACCCGCGCGGAUAACGGUGACGAUUUUCGAACCAUGUCUCCGCAGUCGGAGUCCCGAGUCUCGCAGGUUCUGCAGUGGCAGUCUCCCAGUUCGAAUACUCUCGAGCAGGAGCAGGGCCUCGCAGCGCUGUGCAUGGACACGGAACAGGUUUCGAGGGCGAAGGUGGAUGCGGUCAUUCGCCAUCGUAGAAUCGUCGAGUACGCCGAACGGAUUCGCAUUGAAUACACGGUGCUGGUAGAAGAGUGUAUCACGGCCGCCCUGAGCAAAGCCGAGCGCAUUGCGGCUGGUCAAUUGAGCGAUUCUGGCUCCUCCGACGAUGAAGCUCCCAGGGAAGAUCCGCCGGCCGCCGCUCCCAGCCCCAGGUUGUCUCGCGAGAUCGCACCGCCGCCACCGCCGCCUGCCAUGUCCGCCCUGACGAUGUCUAUGCGAAACUCGCCGGAUCGCUUUCCGUCUCCCUAUCCCUCCGAGGGGAAGCCGACUUCAUCGGUGGCCGUGUCAACCGGGUCCAACAGUCCGAUGGAAUGCCCGACUCCCCGCUCUCACAAGAGCAUGGCCGGCGUGCUGGGCACAUCCCAAUCGUCCCGCCGAGCUCUUUCCUCCAUAGACCCCGACGUGGGUGACUACAGCGACAGCAGCGUGCCGUCGUCGGUUUUCCCCGGAGCCAUGCGAACUGAUUCCCCAUCCUCCGAUCGCAGCCUCAAACGACGAAGCCUGGUGCUUCCCGGGCUGUCCAGCUCCCCCCAUCGGCAACAUUCUCCGGCCAGGGCCUCGGGACCGCACUCCCCGUUGCGCAUGCCCAAACCACGCCUGUCCAGCGGCGCCGAUAGCUUACCCUCUCCGAUCGUGUCCCCCUUGACGAAUGCCGGUGAACUGGCUCACCAUCACUUUCGCCAUCAUCGCCGGCAAUCUUCCGCCACUUCUUCGGACAUGGCGCGGCCGCCGGUGUCGCCUCAUUUGACAACUGCCCGUGAGCCGCAGCCACGCCCGGCACCGCCUUCCAUCAAAGACUUCGAAAUCAUUAAGCCCAUCAGCAAAGGCGCCUUCGGCAGCGUGUAUUUGUCCAAGAAGAAGACCACCGGCGAAUACUUUGCAAUCAAGGUGUUGAAGAAAGCGGACAUGGUCGCGAAGAACCAGGUCACCAACGUCAAGGCCGAGCGGGCCAUCAUGAUGUGGCAGGGCGAGAGCGAUUUUGUCGCUAAGCUGUACUGGACGUUCUCCAGCAAAGAAUACCUCUAUCUGGUGAUGGAGUAUCUCAAUGGAGGCGAUUGUGCUUCGCUUGUCAAGGUUCUUGGUGGUCUUCCUGAGGACUGGGCCAAGAAGUACGUCGCCGAAAUUGUUCUCGGGGUCGAGCAUCUCCAUGGUCGAGGUAUUGUCCAUCGUGAUCUCAAACCGGACAACUUCCUUAUCGAUCAAACGGGCCAUCUCAAGCUCACCGACUUCGGUCUGUCCCGCAUGGGUCUGGUCGGACGUCAAAAGCGCGUUCUCAAGACCAUGAACGAGCCGGCCCCCGACUUGUUGCAACAAGGGCCCUUUCCUCGCGCUACAUCGAUAACCUCCUCCCGAUCAGCCUCGUUUGAUUUUCAAGGUAACGGUUCGCCGGGCUCGACGCCGCUCAUCACGCCGGAUGCUGCGAGCAGCAUACCCCAGCCAUCCUACUUCAAUCUCAACCAAGGCGGCGGUCUCAGUCGUCAAACCUCGCGCCGAGCGUCAGGCUACCGCAGUGAUAGUGGAGGGAGCGACAACUUGAAUGCCAUCUUCCAAUCGCUAUCACUGAAUGAGGGUAGCGAAACGGCAAGUUCUUUACCGGUUCCCGUCCCUGGCCAGUCUUCAAAUAGCGUAACCGAGGAAGAGGGCCAGAGCGAGCUGGGCGAGUCGCCGCAGCUUUAUCCGCUUCAUUUGUCUCAUAGUAUCCCAACUUCGCACGAGACUCCCCCGCAACAGGGCAUGAUGCCGCCGCUGAUGGCGCUCUUCGAUCCCGAGGAUCAUAACCGACGUUUUGUCGGUACUCCUGACUAUCUGGCGCCGGAGACGAUCAACGGCGUGGGCCAGGACGAGAUGAGCGAUUGGUGGUCUUUGGGCUGCAUUAUGUUUGAGUUUCUGUUCGGAUACCCGCCGUUCAACGCAGACUCCCCGGACGAAGUUUUCGACAACAUCCUCCACCGACGAAUUAACUGGCCGGAAGAGAUCGAGGAACUGGCAACCCCAGAAUCCAUUGAUCUUAUUAACAAGCUUAUGACCAUCAAUCCGCGCGAGCGAAUUGGAUCGAACGUCAAUGAGAAGUAUCCCAACGGAGGUGCGGAAAUUCGAAGCCACCCGUGGUUUUCGGAUAUCAACUGGGACACACUCCUCGAUGACAAGGCCCAAUUUGUCCCGAACCUGGAGAAUCCCGAAGAUACUGAGUACUUCGAUGCCCGAGGAGCUACCCUCCAGGCCUUUACGGAGGAGCUUGAGGAUGGCAGUUCCCCACCGCAUCCGGCAACAGUUGGGCCCUACCCAGACAGACCCCACGAUGCACUGUUCAAGGUUCGCUCGCAGGUCAAUGCUACGAAGCGACCCCAGAUGCCUCUACACAUCCCGCCUCAUGUGCGCGAGUCACGCAGCCGACGACUCAGCGAGCCCACCCUGGCCGAUGAUUUUGGCAAUUUCGCCUUUAAGAACCUUCCCAUGUUGGAGAAGGCCAAUAAAGACGUGAUCCAAAAACUGCGUCAGGAGGCAAUGCAAGCUCAGCAACGUCAUGUCACGCCUUCGGGUGCACCGCAGCAGACGCAGCCUCCACAGACACCAGCCCAAGCCCAAGCACCAGCGCCAGGCCAGGCACAGGGCCCGCCACCUCCACCGCCGCCAGCAGCUCCUUCAUCCGGUCCUUCUCUGGAGGGCAGUCCUUUGCCAAUGUCGUUGCAGCGAACACUGUCGCACAACAAGGGCAACAACCGGCCCUCGUCACCUUCAGGCCUGAGUCAAGGGAAUUCGUCUCCUAGCCGUCCCUCGCAGCCGUCGUCUCCACUCCUGGUGCAAUUCAGCACCGGUCACCACAACCACGAGCGAAGAAAAACAUCGGGAUCUUCUUCGGCUAACUCUCACCAAUCCAGCGGAUCUUUCCAACCGGGUGCCCCGGAUCAGAACCGUAUGGCGAGUUUGAAACUCAGCUCCACGGCAUCGUCGCCGAUCAAAAGCACUCGAGCCACGACCCAUUCACCGGACAAAACGCCCUCUGGUCCCCCGCGUCAAGGCAGCGUUCCUGUUGGAAGAGCCCGGUCGCAGACUAUUGGCUCGCAAGACGGGGACUUGUCGUCGUCUUUGGCAAAGGAAUCGUACGUCGCAGGUCAUUACAAGCGCCGCAGUCAACUUCUCGAUGUUUCACCGUCCUCCUCGGAUAACGAGGACCCGCGCACCAAGGCACUGCUUAAAGUGCAACGGCGGCGCCAGAGCUCCCGACGCCUUUCUCAGAUCAAUAUACCCGAAGGACCUUUCUUCCGGCCGCUGGACGUGCUCAUCUGUGAAGACCAUCCGGUGUCGAGGUUGGUGAUGGAACGUUUGUUUGAGAAGCUCCGCUGCCGCACCAUCACGGCUAUCAAUGGCUCAGAGGCCAUGCGUUAUGCACUGAGCGAAGUUCGGUUCGAUAUCAUAUUGACGGAAUACAAGCUACCUCAAGUGAAUGGGGCCGAUGUGGCACGUAUGGUGAGAGAGACGCGGAGCGCCAACCGACAUACGCCCAUCAUUGCAGUCACCGGCUAUCUAAAGGACCUGCCCGAGACGCAUCACUUUAACACGCUCAUCGAGAAACCACCGACUUUGACUAAGUUCACGGAAUUGUUGUGCAGAUUCUGCCAGUGGAAACCUCCACCAAAAGAUUGGACACCCUCGCAACCCUUGCCCAUUCCACAAUCGGUGUUGCGUCACUCUGCUGCACCGACUGAGCAUAGCCCCAGCUCGACCACGUCGUCUGGCUUCAUGCCGGUGCCGUCAAGCUCGUACCGAGGAUCUAGUCGCCAAGACUCCAUUGGCAGCAGCUCUUUUGGUGACGUGGAAUCUGUCAAAGCCGAGGAUGCUCCAGCGGGUUCAAAUCGCCAAACUGAUGAGUGGGCUCCUAACCAAGGUGGACUCGGCAUCUCCGAGGAUGCGACUGCGAGCCAAAAGAGCUCCGAUCCGACCCCCAGUACUGACUCGAAUCCGGAAUCUUUACCACACUUGUUACACGCAGUCUCUGCACCGGCCGAAAUGAACCCUUCCACCGCGUAUGCCCCUCGCAAGCAGCGGUCCAGCGAAGCCAUUCAGGCCAAAAGAAAAUCCUUGGAGAAGAAGCGCCAUGAGUGUGCAGAGUCCGGGGAUGACGAGGACGAGGAGUUCGGUGCCGCCCAAGCACGCGCGCAAAGUCCUCGUCACCGGUCCCAUCGCCCCGGCUCCAAGCUAGGGAUCGAGAUGAUGAGAACCAACAGUCGAGGAAGCGUGGUCAGUGGCAGCGAGGAGGUGCUCAAGAAAGAAAGGGAGGCGCUCGAGAGAGCCAGAGGCGUGGGUCUGGGCAGCAUCGGUGAUCAACUCGGGUCGUCUCCUCGUAGUAUCAGGCUCGAGGAUCGAUUCGAGGGGCUUCAAAUCCCCGAGGAAGCUGUCUCCGGGUCAACUGAUGAGGAUUUCAGUCCUCGACAUUCUCCUCUGCCUCCCAAUGACAAAGGGAACCCCACUGGACGCGAGACAGGCGCCGAAGCCAACACAGAAACCCCUCAGAAGGGGCAAAUCACGCCUCCAAUCAUGUUCAGCAGGGUUGACGAGGACCUCGAAACCACACCAACUGACCCCAACACGCCGUCCGUCAAGAUCAAAGAUUACAGCGACGCGGAUAUCAGCACCGAUAGUGAGGUUAUCCAAACCCCCGAAUCUGAAGCUACACCUCGGCCUAUACACACGCCAUCACUUGGCAUAGAUCCAGAGGACACCACGCCACGCCAAUCGGGUCGAUAAAGCCAGUCACUGAUCGCGGUUGGUGACGGGACUUCUCUACUUGAAGAAUUUGGGUUUGAAAAAAGAAAAAAGAAAACAAAACAAAACAAAAAAAAAGCUAAAGAGAACUGUAGACGUUGCUCGCUUGCCGUCUUUGGUAUGGAGAUUCGAGGAGUUUAUUUGCAUUUUCUCCGCCCUGGAAGCGCUGUCCUGUAUCUUCGCCGCUGCUUGCUUGAUACAUUCUCGCAUCUUUGCAUUCUCUGUAUCAGUGACGGAUUGACUUAUUGAUUUCUUCCUUCCAACUCACUGUGCACUACUGUCAGAAUAUCUCCGCGUCAUUUGCUCUUCCCUCAUUUUUCGAUUUCUUUUUUUU